AUGGAAUUGCUCAUUGAACUUUGUGUCGGCGAAAUUGUUGCUGACGAAAGCAUUACGGGGUCGCUCACUGAAGUUUGUAGCGAUGCUAUUGUUGAUGAAGAGGACAUAACUGAAGCGGACACUGAACUUUGCGACGAUGACAGUGCAGUUACGGUGGGCAUUAGCGAACUGGUCACCGAGCUUUGUGGCGGUAACAUUCCAGAUGACGCCGACAUUACGGAACUGCUCACUGAAGUUAGUGGCGAUGACGUCGUGGUUGACCAAGACAGCAUUGAACUGCUCGCUGAACUUUGCUGGGAUGAUAUUGGGACAGAUGAAGACGGCAUUGUUGAGCUACCCAUUGAGGUCACCGAACUUUGUGGCGGCGACAUUGCAGAUGACGCGGGCAUUAUUGAACUGUUCACUGGAGUUUCUGGCGAUGAGAUUGUAGCUGAUGAAGGCAGUAUUGAACUAUUGGCUGAACUUUGUGCCGGUGAAACUGUUGCUGACGAAAGGAUUAUGGGGCUGCUCACUGAAGUUUGCAGGGGUGGUACUGUUGCUGCAGAGGGCAUUACUGAACCGACCACUGUAGUUGCUGUCGGUGACAUUGCGGUUGAAGAGGGCAUUAUGGAACUGCUCAAUGAACUUUGCGGCGAUGACAUUGUGGCUGAUGAAGACAUUACUGGACUGUUCGCUGAACUUUGUACCGGUGAUAUUGGGGCAGAUGAAGACGUUACGGAACUGCUCACUGAAGUUUGUGGCGAUGACAUUGUUGCUGAUGCAGGCAUUGUUGAACUACCCAUUGAACUUUGUUGUGGAGACAUUGCUGCUGAUGCAGACAUUAUGGAAUUACUCGAUGAACUUUGUGUCGCUGAAUUUAUUACUGACGAAAGCAUUGCGGGGCUGCUCACUGAAGAUUGUACCGGUGCUAUGGUUGAUGAAGAAGGCAUUACUGAACCGACCACUGAAGUUUCUGACGAUAUUCCUGAAUUGCUCACGGAUGUUUGGAGUGGCGACAUGGUGGCUGGUGAAGGUAUUACUGAACUGCUAGCUGAAUUUGGUAGGGGUGAUAGUGUGAGUGAUGAAGGCGUAACAGUAGUCGUCGCUGAAGCCUGUAGCGUUGGCAAGGAAGGCCCCGCUGAACUGCCCACCGAACUUUGUAGCGGUGACAUUCCGGCUGAUGACAGCAUAAUUGAACUGCUCACUGAAUUUUGGAGCGCCGCCAUUGUGGCUGAAACGGGCAUUACCGAACUGCUCACUAAACUCUGUACCGAUGACGCUGGUGCUGAUGACGCCAUCACAGAACUUUGUGGCGCUGCCACGGUGGAUAAAGCCGGCAUUGUCGAACUGCUCACUGAAGUUGAUGGCGCUGACAUUAUCGCUGAUGAAGACAUGCUUGAACUACUCGCUGCACUUUGGAGCAGCGCUAACGUGGCUGAAGCGGGCAUUAUUGAACUGCUCACUGAAGUUGGUGGCGAUGACAUUGUGGCUGACGAAGGCGUGAUUGAACUACUCGCUGAACUCUGGAGUGGCGACAUCGUGGUUUGA